AUAAUGAUUUAAAGUAUCAUUGUUGAAACAUUUUGAUAAUAUCCGCUUCAGUCCUCCACAGACAGGCGGCGCUGUUUUCAUAUCUGAUCCCUGUAACUGCAUCACUUCUCCCCGUAGUCAAAGGUCAAACAGCCGGUGGGGUUCAGGUGGGGAUUGUCACCGUGGAGAAACAGCAGAAGGACAUUAAGAAAAACACCAAUGUAGAGUUUGUGUAUCUUUAAUUUACAUUAAAGGUGUCUUUAUUUCUCACAGAAGAAGCGGUGACUGUUGACGAAUCCUCGCUGGUAAGCUGCUCUCCACUGAAAUACAUGAGGCUAAGCGCUAACAGUGAGAGACCCAUUAUCGGACAGACUGAGGAAUUGACGUUUUUAUUAAUUUUUAUUUUAGAAUUGCAAAUGCAUUAAUAAAAGACAACUAGGAUUAAAGUUUUGUACGACUACAGUUUGGAGUAUAUAAGAGAAAUGGUGAAAAAUGAGCGAAAAGGAGUGACCUGAACUCCAAAGUCAGACUGACAUGGUUCAGGUGCGUCAAACUGCCGUUAUUGACGCGAAGAUAACUGUUUACGUCCCGUUUUUACCCAAUAGUAUUUAAAUAUAUUGCCAUUUACAAACAUUUCCGUGAAAAUAACACCUUUACUGGCUUAUUUUGGUUGAAGGUGAAGCCUCUCUCUUUCUACUGAUUCAUCUCAACCCCACCAGGUACAAACGGUCAAUGUCCUCAACAUGAUGGGAAGCAAAUAACCGAUAUUAUAAAGCUGUGAACUUUAAGUUACUAUGGAAUUAAAUAUAUUUUGUGUCUGUCUUUGCUCAAUUUAAAAAAAUAAACACAGCUCAAUAACUGAUUUGUAAAAGUGUGUUGGAGAUGGUUAAGUGUCAGUUUUUACAACCUUUAUUCUGCUGACUCUUGACAGUCAAAUCUUUUACUAACUCGUACUGUUUAAUAUGUGAAUUGUAAAAACAGAGCUGUAACAUCAGCUACUGUGCUGAAGAUUUGUAUCGAUAAAUAAAGACCCCUUUGGAGAUGUUUUACUGAGCCAAACAUUGAUAUUAUAAAUACUGUGAAAGUGUUCUGUCAAAUGUUUUUACUGUAUAAGUUGCUCUAUUGUUAGCUUUAGUAUCUAAUAGUACCUGGCUAGCUAUCAUAAUUAAUUAGGAAUAUUUCAUUGUCAUGCAUAGGGGAGAGUGGGGUAAGAUGAGCCAUUUUUCAUAUUUACGGAUCACUACAUCAAGUCAAUCAUAGUUUUGUCUCUAACUAGUGUAUCUCUCUCCUACCACAUGAUCAAUUUCUUUUACCAUUUCCAAGCAACAGGGAGUGGCUCAACUUAACCUCCAGCUCAACUCUCCCCUACCACAUAUCAAGGCAAUGGUUAAGCAUAUACAGCAUCAUUAUUUAUUGAAUAUGGAUAACAUGGAGUGUGAGGUUUUAAGGGAAUCAUCUGUUAAACACACAAACCUAUACUAUUCUUUACUUCGUACUACAUUCCGUGAUAUGGGUGGUCAGUGCUGUGUUUAUUUGCUGAUCUUUGCCGCACUAACUCUGUGAAGUUAUUCAUUAUUUAGUAUUCUUUGUCCGUAGCUCUAGUGUCACCACUUUGAAGUCAAAUCAGAUAUCUUUUCCUGAAAGUCUGUCCAUGUUUCCAGUGUGUUUUGAUCCGGCUGGAUCAUUAAACAUCUGCUGAGCUGGACAGCCUGUGUUUCCCUGCCAGGUUUCACUUGCCUUUAGGCGGUUUAAUUUGAGGAUGGAGCUUAAGUUGAGGAAGAGAGUACAACAUCCAAACCCUCAGCCAUGUGUUUCUGCCUCUCUGCAGCAGCCCUGAUGCCAGCUGAAGCAUGAUGCAUCCAGAGAAGCCCAGAACGGCCCUCACCCUGCAGAGACGACUGGCAGAUUCAGCCCCUCGGGGCGCUCCGAGCACCGGCCUUCUGCAGGGCCUCAUCCAGAGCGCCAGGCCUCUUUCCUUCUGCUUCCUGCUCCCUAGGGUCCAUGCAGCUGAUGUGGCUGCUGUCCAGCCUGCACAGAUGCCCUCUUCCUCUUCCUCCUCCACCAUUGGUGCUGCUGCUACACCCUACCCCUCUCCCAGUACUAUGCCAAGCAAUGUGGGCAAGCCAGAGUUCCCAGACACAGGAUGGGAACGCAUCAAGGACCUCUUUGAAAAAGAGUUAGUAUCCUUGUUCUCCCUCAUUUCUCUAUUUUUUAUUAUUUAACUAUUGUCUGUGAGGGUUCCCAGUCAUCAAGAUCCCAGUACUCCUGAUCCUUAAGGACAGCUGGCUUUGGUUCUUGCUUGUCUGAAAGCAAUGAUACAUGGAGAUAAAAUAAACAAGGAUUUGUCAAAUUCUUGUUAUUCUGCUGUUUAAAAACCUCCUUGAUCCAAAAGUUUUGAUAGACAGAGCAAAAGCUUUGAAUCUAGAUUCUUUUCUUUUUCACUCACCUCUCCACCACUAGAGGGAGCCAUUGUAGAAGAAGCAGAUCCUCCAAAUAGACCACAAGACAUUUCUCAGUGCCUCUUCUUUUUGACAUGGGAAAUUACAGUAUCUAUGCUGGAGGCAAUGAAAACAAGGUGACCCUUUUCUGUCAAAGCACAGAGGCAGACAGGGAUUGAUAGAUAGAAGAGGACGGUGGCUGUUCCUCAUGUUCCCAUGCUCAUGUUUUUAUGUUUUUGCUCUCUUCUCCCUGUAGUGCUGAACAGAAGUACCCCGAGGAGCUGACCAGUGUGAUAAAAAGCAGCUUUGUCGCUGGCCUGGCAGGCAUGAUCUACGGAGGUCUGCCAGCUGCUCGCCAUGCCAGGCAGAGGUACAUCCAAUCCAGUCAGGCGGAAAUCUACACGAGCAGAGUGGACGCAGUGGUAAGGGAGAUAUAUAUAUACAGAUAAGAUAUGUGCGAUCUAGAUUCAGAUUUUAAAGGGGUACUCCAGCAUAAAAUUAUUUUAGCGGCAACACACCGUAACACCGAGUUAGACACCCCCAUCGAGAGAUGCUUCUCUAGUUAUACCAACUUUAGUAACAACCACUGGAUAGCAAUACACAGCAGUCUGAGGAGCCAUAAACAAACCUCAACCAAAAUGUAACUCUAUAGUCACAAAUAAUGCUCAGAACAGCACCUAACUUCAUCAACAGUACAUGAAGACAUGUAGGGUCCUAGCCACAGCACUAGCCACCAAACUUCUUUUUAGCUUUUACUGAUUUCUUUAGCAAAGAGACUAAACACAACUCAACCAAUCAAUCAAUCAAUCACUUUAUUUAUAAAGCACUUUUCAUACAUAAACUUGUAUCACAAAGUGUUGUACACAAGAAGGGUAGGAUCAGGGAAUACAAAAUAAAAUACAAAAUAAAAUACAAACUGCAAAACCCCACCCUCCAAGCCCUCAUUUAAUACAGACCCCACCCACCCACCCACACACACACACACACACACUCUCACAACCACCGGGACACCAAGUCAGGGCUCAACAGGAAGCCACAGAGGACCAAGAAAAUGCUAUCUUAAACACUGGAGCUGAAGCUAAACUGAUAAAACCAUGACAAGAUAUAAAAAAUAAAGUGAAAUAAAACAACAAUAAUAAUAAAAAGAAUAAGAAUAACAAAAACAACAACAAUAAUAAUAAUUGAAAAUAAUUUAAAAAAUAAAAAUAUAUAAUAAAAUUGUUUUAAAAUCAAACAAUAAAAAAAUAAAAAAAUAGUAUUAAAAUAUAAGAUAAUAAUUUUAGGACUAAAGUGGAGUAAAAUACAUAAGAUAAAAAGAGUAGACUAAAAGAGAGGCUAGAAGAAUAAAACAAAAAUCAGCUGAAAGCCAAACUAAAAAGGAAGGUCUUGAGUUUGCCUUUAAAAAUAUGAACUGUAGGUGUCGCUCUCAGGUCUUCAGGGAGACUUCCACAGAUGGGGGCCAUAAUAAUAAAAUGAUGCCUCACCGUAUGUUUUGGUUCUACUCACCUAAUCUCUUCCAGCAGCCGCUUGUUUGUGCGGAGACCUCAGAUGAGUCCCUGACCGACUGCAGCGGGGUGACGCAGCUCAAGGAAGAACAUUUAUGAUCAUUUCUUUAUCAUUUCCUUGAAGUAAUAAUCAUCAUAUUAUCAUUUUGCACUGCAGACACGGUAGUUCUUCUGCCUUAGCGUCUCAGUCUGAUCGCAUUUCCAUGAAGAAACAAUCAUAAAUGUUCUUCCUUGAGGUGUGUCACCCCAACAAGCGGCUGCAGGAAGAGAGUAGGUGAGUUAUGUUUAGUCUCUUUGCCAAAGAAAUCAGGCAAAGUUGAAAAGAUGUUUGGUGGCUAGUACUAUGGCUGGGACCCUAUAUGUACUGUUGAUGAAGUUAGGUGCUGUUCUGAGCAUUAUUUGUGGCUAUAGAGUAGCGUUUUGGUCAAGGUUUGUUCAUCGCUCCUCAGACCGCUGUGUAUUGCUAUCAUGCGAUCGUUACUCAAGUUGGUAUAACUAGAAGAAGCAAGCAGUCGGUAACAUUUAUCUCUCGACGGGGUGUCUAACUCGAUGUUACAGUGUGUUUGACCCUAAAUUAAUUUUACGCCGGAAUAUCCCUUUAAUGGCUGACUGAAUCUCUUUAUGCAUAUUCUACAUACCGAAAAGCAGAAUCUGGAUUGUUCCUGUAAUCCAGCAUGAAGUCGGCCUUCCGCUCGAGUCAGGAUAACUUUGGAUCAUAGUUAUCCUAAACCUACUCAAAGGUUUUAAAAGACUCAAACUUGAAGCUGUAUCUGCACAAAAGCGAGGAUUAAGUGGCGCUUAUCUCACCUCUAAUCGGCUCUCCUUUGGAACAGCCUAAUUGUGAAGAUAUGAUCCUAUCUGAUCGCUUUAAUCCAAUCAGAUCACUGCUGAGCAACUGUCUUAUGAUCGUGUCUCCCUUCUUUUUCAUCAGCGCUCGGCUCAUAACGCAGCCAUCAGAGGUUUUGUCAGAUACGGGUGGAGAUGGGGCUGGAGAGUGGCUGCUUUCGUCACCUUGUUCAAGUAAGCAAACGCCUGAAUCACACCCGAGAGUUUCAUCAGGUUUUGAUUGAAGACAUCAAAUGUCGUUGGACUUGUUUUGCAUAUAAACCCUCAGCUGUCUCUCCCGCUCAUUUGUCUUCUGUCCCCUGCAGCUCAGUCAGCACAGGCCUCUCUGUGUACAGAGACAAGUACGCCCUCAGCCAUUACGCUGCAGCUGGAGGUGAGUCACGGGGACUUCGACCUGGCCCAAUCAAAUAUUUAAACCUUUAUUUUUAACCCUGGGUCAGCUGAUUGAGUUUUUCCACUUGACUUUGUUAUGAUUUGUUGGCCAGAUUCCCAUCAGGGAGUUGGUCUGGAGUCUUUGUGCUUAAUGUUCAGAACCUAAAUCGAAAAUUGUGACUCCAUGCUAAAAGGAUCCCCGACAAGUACAGAUCCUGUUUCUGGAUUGGUGUUUGUAAUCUUCUACUCUUGUGAGAUAAUAGAUUUUUGGCAUUCUUGGCUCUGAGCUGGCCUCUCAGCUGGUUGAAAAUUUAAAAACGGACAUGUUGGAACUCCUCUAGUCCUUGUGUAACCUCAUUACGCACUGUUCCAGCACAAGCAGAGAGCACUGAGCGCUAAAAGAUGAAUGUCUCUGUGUGCAGCUGUGACCGGGGGCCUCUUCAGACUGAACCUGGGCCUGGGAGGGCUGGUGGCAGGGACAAUCAUCGGGGCAGUGCUGGGGUAAGCUUCCACAAACGUCCCAUCACAUCAGUCGCUCGCUCCAUCAGUCCAACGAGUCGUUUUUGUUCACUCUUACUACUCCCAGUUUUACCUUAAAGUGUCGAAAUCCUCCAGAAUCGGAGUCGCUCGCUCAUGCUGAUGUGUGUCCUCAUUCGUGCCCUCGUGCUCCGGAGCGGUGAGCACUCUGGCAGCCAGCUGUGUCCCUCCUAGCAACCCUCUGCCGCCCAGCUGAACCCCCACCCCCACUCUCACUCUGUAUUCAGCGCCAGAGGGACUCAUGUGCGCUGCAGAGGGCCGUGUUCUGGGCGCUAGAGCAAGGAGGCAAGCCAAGGCAGCAGCUGCCUCGCCGCAUCUCUACCACCUCUGUUAUUCCAGCCUCUCAUCUCCAUGUACCAUGGUCUGAUCUGGACUCACGCUCCACUCUCUGCCCCACUUCGCUCUCAUUCCUGUGGCCGCUUCCAGCCAAGAGGUUUGGAUUUGAUGGUGUAAUGGAGAUUGAGUGUGAGGUUUUUUGGUGGUGAAACAGACCAGAGGGGCUGGUUUGGAGCGUCUCUGAAAGCAUCAUCGUCAUGUUGGCUCAGUCCUGGUCUCAUCUUCCUGCACCACCUCCUCUUCUUCUCUUUCCCUCCUCACUCUCCGCCUCAGGGACCAGCCACCUGGGGGUAUGUGAUGUGAGCAAACAGCCCCGGCCUGGGCUCUGCCAGGUGCAGUCAGGGCAGGAGAGGACACAAUGGAAGCAAGCAGUAAAGCGAAAGCACACCAUGCUCUAGAUUACGCUUUUAUCCGAGGUGUAACUCAGGGGUUUUCUUUUUGGGUGGGGCUGCAAGGCCUGAAAGAGUUCUCGCAUCAGACAGCUGAGACAUUUUUGACACUAAUUUGUUCGAAUAGCACCACAGCUUUGAAGAUUUGUACAACUAGAGUUGCUGCUUGGCACAAAUUUUGUGUUUUGUAACUUUUGUUACAAAACAUGUUACACAAGCAGAAAAUAUUUGUGUAACCCCUCACAACAUCACUUUUCCUCCGUGUGAAGUUUCUGGCACACAGUUUGACGCUAUAGUCUUGUGCAUUAACUUUAUUUCAAACAGCUGAUGUUUCAGCUCUGGGUGGGAGGGUUGUUAAAAUACAACCAGCUGCCUCUGCAUCACAGAGCUUGUUACAAAACAGAUUGUGAAAUACGAAUCGUUUUAUAAUAAACUCCUGACCCGUGUUUCCCCAGAGGUCGUACCAGUGCCUUCCAAAAUUCAUGUACAUCUGUGCGUGUGCUUACAACUCUCUUUUUUCUACAAACACAGCCAUCACAAACCACGAGGUGUGCUGCCUAAAGCGUUAAAACAAACAUAAUCGAUCAAAUCUUUGGUGUUUUGUUUUACUUGUUUAUUCACAGGAUUCCCACCGGUGCAUUGAUCAUCAGCAUGCAGUCCUUGGCUGGAGAAACUGUCCGAGAAAGGAGGAAGAGGGAGCGCAGGGAAUUCUAUGAGCUCAGACUUGCAGAAUGGUGAGAUAAGGGGGGGAUUUUUCCACCAAAAUAUAACCAAACUAAAUCAAAUCAUCAUCCAGCUCUACUCAGAAUUUGACUGUUUUUUAUUCUCUGUCCUCCUGUCACACAAAAGGACGGCCCGUCUGCAGUUAACAGAUGAUUUGAUUGGAGAUCUCAACGUCAGCUCUCAGGCGGAAGCGACAAAUAAAGACAUGCAAAGGAUCCAGGAGCUGCUGAGUUCACCGAAGAACGAGGACUCGACCCAGGGCCCAAGCGGACAGUGACAGACUAGAUUGGAGGUUAAAGGUGGGACUUCACACCGCUUUGUGGAUAAAUGGGCCUCUUCUUCACCUGGACUCCACACCUUCUGUCUAACUAAGGGGGAGCACUUCACAUCAUGAAAGGACACUGUUGCUCCACAAACUCCUGUCUUAGUGAGGACCAAUCAGAGAUUCAGACACUGACAGCGCUGAUGUUUUGGCAGACUUAAGCUGUAUGUUCAGUGGUUGGUAAAGGUUGCUUAGGGGCAUCAAUUAAAGGCUUAAAAAACUCUGUGGAUAAUUGUCCCAACCAGGAUAGAUGGUACAGUUUGGUGUCACAUAAGGACAAGAAUGACUCGUACUUUACUUUUGCUGCCAAACUUUAGAUUGACAGCCGAUUCCCUCCCUUUUAGAAGGCAAUGAGGUGAAGUUUUAUCGCGUUUGACUCAUCGAUUAAGUGAAAAUAAAAAAGUUUAAUUAAAGAUCGAAGGGUCAUACAUCAACUACGGCUUAACUUUGAAGACUGUCUUCAAAAUCUACAGUUACAAAAGCCACAGUCAAAAAGUUACGUCAAAAACACAGUGAACUUAAAAAAAAGGCAAAUUAAUGAAGUUGUAUAUCUUUAAAGCACCUGUAAGGAACUUUUAACUGGUAAUAAAACAUUUCAAAAUUUACUCCAAUGUGUCAUGAUAACCAAUAAAACUAAACCAGGCUAUGUGUC